AUGACUGUUCCAUUGCUCAACACGUUGCCCAAGAUAGAGGAAUGCAUGCCCAAAAACCUGAACCUUUACUACAAUGGAGCAUGGCAUAAACCUCAAGAUGGAGAAUAUCGAGAAACUUGGAAUCCCGGGGACGGCACUGCCGUGGCAAAAGUGGCGUUUGCCGGCGCCAAAGACACCGAGGCUGCUCUGCAAGCAGCCCAAAAAGCAUUUCCAGCUUGGAGAGCUGUUCCUCCUCUCGAAAGGGGCAAGCUGUUAAAGAAGGCAGCACAGGUCAUCAGAGAACAUGCGACAGAACUCGCCAUGCUGGAUGCCUUGAACAUCGGGAGUCCAAUCACCACUAUGGCCGGCGAUGCUCUCGUUGGAGCGGAGAACAUUGAGUUCUUUGCAGGCCUAAUACCAGCAGUGACGGGUGAAACCAUGGAUUUGGGAGAGGCAACAUUCAACUAUACCUUGCGAGAACCGUUGGGUGUCGUCGCUCGAAUAGUCGCUUCAAAUCACCCACUCAUGUUUACCGCGAGUAAGCUUGCACCUACAUUGGCGAUGGGUAACACUAUUGUCACCAAGACUCCUGAGCAGGCUCCGCUGUCAGCUUUGCGAUUGGCGGAAUUAAUUGGAGGGAUCUUCCCACCAGGAGUCUUGAAUAUUUUGUCGGGAGGCGUUGAAUGUGGGAAGACAUUAUCUUCGCAUCCAAUCGUGAACAAAAUAACCCUAAUCGGCAGCUUGCCGACUGGCAGAGCCAUUCAAAAGGCUUCAGCGGACACGCUCAAGAUGUCUGCAUUCGAGCUCGGAGGGAAAAACGCACUGAUCGCAUAUCCAGAUGCCAAUAUCGAUAGACUGGUCGAUGGUGUCGUCGCGGGCAUGAACUGGGCGUGGUGUGGACAAUCCUGCGGCUCAACGUCGCGAGUUUUUCUUCACGAGUCUCUCCACGAUCAUGUGCUUGCUUCGGUCAAGGAGAAACUGGAGAAGUCCUACAAGCCAGGAAAUCCGCUGGAUCCCAAAACGACAAUGGGAUCCAUGGUAAGCAAAGCUGCUCAAGACCGAGUGCUCCGAUAUAUCCAGCUCGGCCACGAAGGAGGCGCCAGGUUGGUCACGGGGGGCAAGCCUCCAACCACAGAAGACACCAAAGGUGGCUACUUCGUGGAGCCCACCAUUUUUGCUGACGUCAAGCAAUCCAUGACCAUCGCGAGCGAAGAGAUUUUCGGACCCGUCAUGUCAGUGUUGAAAUGGACCGAUGAAGCCGAGAUGUUCGAGCAAGUGAAUUCGGUUGAGUAUGGUCUCACGGGAUCCAUUUACACGACCAAUAUGUCAACUGCUCAGAGAGCAGUCCGCAAGGUGCAAGCAGGGACAGUCUGGGUCAAUACGGUUGGUACGCACUUCUAUUCUAUGCCCUUCGGUGGGUACAAGCAGUCGGGUAUCGGAAGAGAGGACUGCUUCGACGAAUUGGUGAGCAUGACUCAGUGCAAGGCCGUGCAUGUGAAACUUUAA